UAGCGAGGAUUGUGCUUUCAGCCAGCUGAUCGAUUUCAGCACGAGAACCAGGCAAAACGACAGUUCAGUUACAUCUUUUACUCUCCCGUUAUCUUAUAAAAUAUCCGUUGUAAUUAGAUAGUGAGUGGUAUCGUUGACGAUCAUUCGCUAAAAACAGAUGGCUGGAACCGAUCCAAAAUGGCAGAAAGACGCGGCGGACCAGAAUUUCGAUUAUAUGUUCAAGCUGCUUAUUAUUGGCAAUAGCUCCGUGGGCAAAACUUCAUUUUUGUUCAGAUACGCGGACGACAGCUUCACGUCGGCAUUCGUCAGUACCGUCGGGAUAGACUUUAAAGUGAAAACGGUGUUUAGGCACGACAAGAGGGUGAAGUUACAGAUAUGGGACACUGCUGGACAAGAACGAUAUAGAACGAUUACAACCGCAUACUAUAGAGGAGCUAUGGGUUUUAUUCUAAUGUACGACAUUACAAACGAAGAAUCAUUCAACAGCGUGCAAGACUGGGUAACUCAGAUAAAAACAUACUCGUGGGAUAACGCGCAAGUGAUCCUAGUCGGAAACAAGUGCGACAUGGAGGACGAACGAGUUAUCAGUUUUGAACGGGGGAAGCAACUAGCCGAACAACUUGGCGUCGAAUUUUUCGAGACAAGCGCGAAAGAAAACAUUAACGUUAAGGCUGUUUUCGAACGACUGGUCGACAUAAUCUGCGACAAGAUGUCCGACAGCUUAGACACGGAUCCCACAUUAAUGGCCGGGGGUGCUAAAGGGCAACGGCUCACGGAUGCCACCCAAGGACCCCAAGCCGCGAAUUGUAAUUGUUAAUAUCUCGUUUAGAUGGAACAUUCUAACCGCCCAUUGAGGUAUUCAUGUUCUUACAUCCUAACCUUCAACCACAUUACAAAAGAAUCAAUUUGUUGCUUCAACCCGCGGGAUGAUUCUAAUGUCUUACUAAACGUGUUCUUACUCAAAUAAACUAUAGAUUUUCUUCAUUUUGGGAAACAUUUUUCUUAUUUUCGUAACCGGACCGUCAUUAUUUGAGACUGACUUUUGAUCCUUGCUUGUUUUUCCUCGAGAACUGUUCAAAUUCCGAUUUAAAAGCUAAUACGCGAAUAUUUAACGAGGAUUCAACGAAUGAGUUCCAUAGGAAUUGCUUUGAUGUUCAUUAUUUUGAUUCCAAAAACAAAAAGAGUAAAAGGAACCUUUCACAUUGUACCUAUAACUACCAAAUCCAAGAGAGUAAUGUCAAUAUUAGGAACAUAAUUUGUAUAUUUUCAAAAAACAAAAUCUCGCUAAAAUCGUUUUAUAUAAACAACGUGUUUUCCACGCUAAAGUAGACACGAAACAUUAUCAAAGUCUAGAUUAUGAAUAUUUUAGAAUAGAAAUGAAAUUAUUGUUGUUAUACGUGUUUUAAGUUUGUGUAGUUACGUUGUUGCCAUUUUUCACGGUUUCGCUCGGUUCUUUUUUGUGCCGUCGUAUAACUCGACCUUAAAUUUGUUACGGGAAGACUUCCUACCGCCCUUUUAGAUGCACAUGGUUUUAACCAGACAAUAGAUUUCCCUUUAUUUUAGUGUUAAUUAGGUUCAUUACACAUAUCUAAGGCCUAAGAGGCGCAAAAGUUGUGUUAAUUGUCAUUAUUGUUGUAGAGGAUAAUAUUAGAGAGCUUUCGACGACGUGGCGUUGUUGCGGAGAACAUAAUAAUUGGUGGACAUGUAAAUAUAGAAUAUAUAUUUGUGAAAUAAAAGUUACCGUAGACCCUGGACGGGGGUGUGAAAAGUUCGCAAUUCCCAAGACUUGUAGCUUUAAGUUUUAAUACUGGCGAGUGGCUUUAAUUAAUUUGAUUUAUUGAAGAACCAUUAAAUGCUCUACAUUAUUUUUUAAUUUGUAAGUUUGUUAUAUUGCCUUUCGUAUUUUCGUUAGCUCUCUCCAAUCCGCACCUAGAUGUCUAGGCUAAAAACUAUCGCUUACCAAAUAUUAAAAUAAAAAAAAAGUCUUUUUUCUAAAUCUAACGAGACUUCAAAGUUUGCGCAACAUUUCCAAUGGUGUGAAUAACUAACUACUAAUUGUAGUAAUUAAAAGCCAGCUUAUUUAAUUUUCUACAUGCUGUUUGUUAUAACAUUAUUGGUCCAGGUGAAAUGGCAAGUACUAUUUCCUAGCUAGCGUGCGAAAUUAUUGAACACUUCGAAACUUCUUUUGUUGCGGAUUACCAAAGACAUUAUAUCCGAAGAAGACACUACAAUUCAUUUGGCUGAAGCUGAUUUGGCUGAAGUUACAAAGAUCGUAACUGGUUAUUACGCUUGUUAACCAAUAUUUACAAGCAAAAGAUGCAUGAUCGUUGCUUCAGUCACACAAUAUGAGUUUGUCGGGUUUUUUGGCUAUAAUGUUUUUGUGGUCACACACGUUCGUAUAAGAAAUAAAACAUUGAGACUAUCGACAAUGCCACGAACUGUAUCAGGUAUCAACACAAUAAAUUAAAUCGCCAUUAUUUUUGUAUGAUUCGGUCUCACACUUUAAUCCCGUGGAAAUCCUAGAUGCUAUUUGACAACGCAUGAAAAUUUGGAUUAUAUUCGCACAUCUCUGUGGUACCAUCUGAUCCUUUCGGUUAGUCGCACAUUCAACAUGAGAAAGGAGUAGAUGAGGCAAGUAAAAGUGGUUUGUGGAAUGUAUAUUAAUUUGUGAAUUAGUGUAAAUUAAACC